AGAAUAUUUUAUAUUAAAUUUUAUUUUCAGUUUGUUUCAAAACUUUUUGGGUUUGUUCGUGGAAAACUUGGUAGAUGCUCAAUGUGUUGUAAUGCUAACCAACGAGUUGUAAAAGAAGAAAAUGAUAAAAACAAAAAUAUUCCAGAUAGAGGAAAGAAGAGAAGGAAAAGCUCGAUAAGAAAACCAAAACUUUUGGGUAUGCGACAACGUGAAUCAGUUAUUUUCAAUAAAACAGAAAAUCAAAUUGAAAUAUUUGAAAACCUCUUAAAUCUUUACAAUUCCCCCAAAGAUGUAAUUAAUUUAAAAAACAAUCCAGAACCUUUAAUUAAAUUGGGAAUUGAUUCUAAACAAUUUUCAACAAUUUUGGAGGAAUUAUACUUUUUUGUACAAAAAAGUGAGCAACUCAAAGAAGCAGAAAGAAGGAUAAAAGACAGAAAAGUGAGAAAAAAGAAUGGAAAUUAA